AUGAGUGUUGAGACAGACAGAGAACUGCAGACGUAUGUUGACAAAGAAGAAGAAAGACAAAAAACAACACUGACGCUGAUAGCCAGCGAAAACUAUGUUUUUCCAGAGGUCUAUAAGUACUCUGGGUCACUUUUGACCAACAAAUAUUCAGAAGGAAAAGUUGGUGCAAGAUACUACGGCGGAACCAAAUACAUUGACGAGAUUGAAAAACUUUGCCAAAGCAGGGCACUAGCCCUUUUUAGCCUUGACCCUGCGGUCUGGGGAGUCUGUGUCCAGCCUUAUUCUGGAAGCGUGGCAAACUUUUCCGCAUACUCUGCUCUGGUGGGCCCAGGCGGCAAAAUAAUGGGAAUGAAUCUGCCAGCAGGCGGGCAUCUAACGCACGGAUUCCAAACUAAAGCGAAAAAAGUUUCAGGAAGCAGUCUGUACUUCUCCUCCCAUCCUUACGGCGUAGAUGAAAAUGGAAAAUUGGACUAUAAGGAGAUAAGAAACCAGUUUAACAAGGUAGAACCUGAAAUACUCAUAUGCGGGUACAGUGCACACUCGCAGGACAUAAACUACACAGAGCUGAGAGACAUUGUGGGAGACAAAGCAUUUUUAUACGGAGACAUCUCCCAUAUUUCAGCUCUCAUAGCAUCAGGACUAAUGAACAAUGCAUUCGAUGCGUGCGAUGUGGUGAUGACAACAACACACAAGGGCCUGCGCGGGCCAAGAAGCGGGCUGAUAUUUUACAGGAAAGUGGUGAGUAUUAAAGGAACAACCCACAACUUGGAAAAAAUGCACUCAGCUGUGUUUCCACUGAUGCAGGGCGGGCCCCACAAUCAGACCAUUGCAGGAACUGCGCAUGCUAUGCUCAUGGCUGCACAGCCAGAGUUCAAAGAGUACGGAAGACAGGUAAUUGCCAAUGCCAAAGUAUUAGCAAACUUUUUCGCAGAAAGGAAAUACAACAUAGUCACAGGAUCUACUGUCAACCACAUGAUAAUAGCUGAUUUAACAAGUAAAAACGUAACAGGCGCAGAUUUGGAGGAUUUCUGCGAUCUAAUUGGGAUAAGCGUGAAUAAAAAUACAGUUCCAAAAGACACAUCGCCAUUCAAGCCAUCAGGUGUUCGUCUGGGGACGUACGCAAUAACCACCAGAGGAUUUAAAGAGCAAGAGACAAAAGAGGUAGCUGAUAUCAUACACUUCGCAGUGGAGUUUUUGCAGACACACCAAAAGGAAAGAGAGAACAUGUCUGUGCGCGAGUGGGCUGAGAAGUGCGAUGUUCUCAGCAGGGAGCCAGUCCAAAAAGCCAGCAGAAAAAUAUUGCACUUGGCUGAAAUGUUCCCAAUACCCGAGUAA